AUGACCGAGAAGCACGGCAAGAAGCGCGCCCACACCGGAAGUGCCCGCGGUGAAACACCCCCUGUUGGGCCUCAAGCUGUCUCAGCACCACCGCGCGUCGAUUGUGAACAGCUGAGUAUUAGCAAUGCGCUUCUUCCUGCAGCAACUGAUUCAUCUCGCACCAAACAGGCCAAAGACUCGGUCAACAAGCUCAAGCAGCUAUGGAGAUGGGAUACUUUAACAUCGGUCCACCGCGAUCUUUGCAACCUGAACGAUCCCGACUUCACCGAGAACGCAGCUCAAUUCGCCGAUAUGAUUUGGGCAUCGAGUACCGAGUUAAGCGACAUCAUACCUGAGUUCAAGAGUAUGACAGACAAAUCGCGCCUAGAAUGGGAAGUCAGCAACGUUUACUGGGAUCUCGCCGCCAAAAUCGCCUCCUACAGUGAUGUGGACGAGGCACUGUCGCUUGCCCUUGUUCACGUUGCACAUUCCUUGCCCAUACCUACGUUGGGCCCACAAGGUUCUGGUGCCAACGCUCGCUUCUCAGCCGAAUUUUGGCCGUACCUAUCACGGUACUGCGCCAGACCGCUUCCUUCAGUUUGUUACCGAACACAAUCAGAUGCAUUCAACGAGCUUGAGCCAGAGAAAGGUGACAUUUAUUUUCGAGGCACUACCAUCUUCCAAUCAAGCGGCACCGGCAAGUCGCGCAUGGUCUAUGAAUGUCGACAUCAAACUCCUCUUCUCUAUGUCUGCAUCGGACCAACUAGCGACGAGGGACCGGCCAAGGAAGCUUAUCCCCUCCCUGAUCGUGGUGUACGUGCCUUUUUCGAAAACGCUCAGAAGACCCACAAGGAUAAGUGUAACCUUCAUAUUGCCUGUUUCCUCGGCGCUUGGUUCGCGGUGCUUGCUCACCACCUCGCCAAAUUACCCACUCAGCAGCAAAAACACGACUAUCUGAUGCAGCUCAACCAUCUCGAUCAGAAUGCUGGUCAGAAUCCUCAACGCACCGACUUCUUCCAAACCGUUUUCGAGCGCGCUUCUCUCAGCCUCAAGCUUUCUGACAGAAGCUUGAAGGAUUGGUAUGAUUUUGAUCGCAUCUUCACCGCUCAUAUCCGAUCGCCGCUGGACGCCCUCGAACGAGAGAUGAAGUGCAUUAUAGCUCACAUGCACCCGCCCAACAACCGCGGCGGAUCAUCACCCACACAUCCUGUCAUGGUGGCCUUCGACGACUGCGUCGAACUCAACGUCAGAUCAGACCAAAGCACAAAUCAGCUCGACAGCCUCCACCGCGCAUGGAAUUGGAUCAGCAUCGAACAAGCCAGAGCCAGGACCACGCCGUUCUGGCUUGUGUUGAUAAGUACCAGCAUCAGCGCGGCCUAUUUUGUCAAUCACGCCCCCCCCUUUCUUGCGCCUUGGGAGCUUCUGCGGACUCUCACAUCGUCCACUACGGACGACCGCUGUGGAAGAAGUUCAGGCCUCAAGACCUCUGGGCGUAUGGCCAAACUCAAGUUGACGGGUGGUGAAAAGUUUGCCAUCCGCAAACCCGCCCACUGCCUCGGUGUCUUGGCGUCUCGUCUCGCGCUAAGGCUUUUGCCGACUCAAUCGUCAGACUACAAGCUCUUCGAAUUGCAGAAGCAAUUCGUGGACUGCACAGUCGAUCGCCACAUGCGCAUUGUCACGCAUGUUAGCAGCGAGGGUGUCAUGCACGUUGAAUCUCCAUCAGAGCCUGUGCUAGCCAUCGCUGCUUCCAAUAUCAUGCUGGCUCCCUACCUCCAGGAACCUCAGAAAGCGAGAGGCUACACAUAUUCAGACAUUCUCUUUGGGGGUCAUGGCUUGCUCGAGCCCGGGAACCUCGAGGUUCCCUCGCUGAUGGGCAGUCUCGGAGAACUUGCCUCGCGGAUCAUCUUGAUGGCUGCUUGCGACGCCGUGAAGCGCAAAAGAAUCGAACAAACCGAGCCAAAGGAAACGUCGCACUUCAAGCACGUGCCCGCCAGCAUCUUCGCCAAGCCCGUGCCUCUCGAAAGCGUUCUUGAGAACCUUGCCGACCUCGACGAGGCCAAUCUCGCUGCGCUGCGUCAACGCCUUGAAGACGUCUACGAUGCCGGCUCGCGCACCGAACGAAAUGCAAUUCCAAUCAGAGAUCAGUCACAGUCGGCUUCCGCCACGCUGCCGAUGUGGAUCAACUUUACGCAUUUCGACGUGCUGCCCAAAGCGAUCAACGAGAUAACACCCGAAUUUCUGUGGUACUGUUGGAAACGUGGAGUAGCCGUGCAAAUGGUGCACGCGCAGUAUGGCAUCGAUGGCAUCAUCCCGGUCUUUGUAGGUUCAUCCACCGAUGCCUCUAACGCCAGCCUUGAGCCCAGAGAGGCCGAGAUGCACGCUGCGCGCUACAUGACCUACGUUGCCUGGGAAGCAAAGAACCAAAGGGAUCCACAGAGCACCACGGUCCCUGCUAGGUCAGCGCCUGCCAUUGCUGGACCGGUGAUCAAGAGCGCCUUGAUGGCACCGCCAAACGAGAAGCCACUGACCGAACAGGCUCUGUUGAGCGUGCUUCUCGACCUUGGCACAAGGACCGGAUUCAAACAAGCGCCAGACGGCUUACGACCCCAAGUGAUACCUCUUACGGGUCAACAGUGUCCUCGGCUGUGCAUCCGGGGUAUGCUCGAUUCGCACGCUUACCCCUGUCUGGACCUUUUCGAGUUCCGCAGAUUCUUGAUGCGUAUUCUGUUAUCUAGGUACGAUCCCGUACCCGACUCUCUCACUAACAUGGAAAAGGCCCUGUGGAAUGAGCGCAUCCAGCCCGAUUCAGAUUCCAUCUAA